CCUGCCAGUGGUGGUCUGCCCUCCUCAGCUACUGCUGCAGGGGACUGUGUCGCAUAUAUCCCUUCAACCUGUCGUUUGUCAGCACCGGAUUGCCUUUGGACAAGGACGGUGAGACGUCCAGCUUUGACUGUAAGAACGUAUGUGCCUGAGAGUCUGACACACGUCUGUUCAAUGGCUACCUCAGGCCCCACCUCUUCUGCCUCCAUCACUGCCACUGUGCCUGAGGGUUUUCAUUAUGAAACCAAGUACAUCGUGCUCAACUAUCUGGGAAUGCUGCCUGCUAACAGAUCACAGGCAGUAACCACAGCUCAAGGAGAUGGGAGACAGAGGAGCACAAUUAUAAAAGAACACGAAGAAGAGUUGAGACAACUGGAUGAAGAAAUCGCUGCCUCCUCGUCCACAACAGGCUUUGACCGGCACACGUCGCUGGUGUUUAAUCCACCCACUCCAGAGUCCUCUAUUGAAGACUGCCUCGCUGCAGUGGGAGACCGGGUGGCCAGAGAGCUUGACACAAACCUGGCAGCAGCCGUACACACGCUCCUUGCAGGGCCUCUAGACUACCAGAGAUUCAGAGACACAACACGGGAUCUCUCAGUACACACACAGGGAGGCUGGAGCAAGGUGCUUGUACCAUUGGUGUUGCUCCAGGCUUUACAGAGCGAGGGCCAGUCACUGACAACUCUGUCACAUCUGGGCGUGCGCUUCCUAGAGGAGGAUGAAUCUGGCUACAUCAUUCAGCAGGGGGGAUGGAGUGAAGUAUUCAGCCUUGAGUCAGAGGAGGAGCGAGGUGUGACCAUCGCCGAAGACAGCAACGACAUUUACAUCCUUUCAGGGGACCAGCAUCCUGAUCAGCUCAGUCCCCCCUCCUCGCUGCUCUGCACUGGGGACAACAGCAGCGGGCAGAGCUCCUGGCAGACAGAAAGCUUACCUGUGUCUCUGGCGGGCCACGAGUCUUGGGCACAGGUCGGUGCGAUGGACCCUGAAGACGUCAAGAGCCUGGACAGCAACGAGGGCGUGGCUCUGGCUGAGGAGCGCAGUGAAAACAACUCCUCAAACUCGGACAUUGUCCACGUGGAGCGCGAAGACGCCGAGCUGCUCGAGGAAGGAGGUGAAGUGGGCGCAAUAGACGAAAGCAUGAUGAGUGUUUUGGGCACAGAGAGCGAGCUGGCCGAGCUUAGGGAAGAAUUUAGGGACCCGACUCCACCUGUUGCGUUGUCAGCGGAGCCAGACUCCACAGCACCGGCCUCCCUGCUUUCAUUAGAGGAGCCCGUUGUAUUAGAGACGCCUGCGAGCUUGUCGGCAGAGCCCUCCAUCAUCUCCUUAGAACCAGAGCUGCCUCCCGUGGUCCCUGAAGCUGCUGCUCCCCCUCCGUCUGAGGCGGAACCUGCAGCACCUUUAUCUGUUCCUGCAGUAGAACCAGAGCCUGAGCCAGAACCAGCUGCUGCCCCCGACCCAGUGCCUGCUGAGGUGGCACCCACAUCUCUAGCCAAUGAAACCCCAGCAGCACCAGCAGAGCCUGAAGCCACCUCAGAACCAGCUCCUGAACCAGAACAGGAGCCGGAGCCCGUCACAGUGCCUCCCCAGCCAGAGGAGCCAGAAGCAGAGACUGUGGCAGAGCCAGAAGCCCCGCUGGCUGAACCCCUUGUCCCACAGGCUGUAGUGGCCCCUGUAGAAACCCCAGCCGAGGAGCCCCCAGUGCAGCCGGAGCCAGAAUCAGAGCUCCAAGUGCUGCUUUACGGAGGGGCCGCACUGGUGGUUCUCAUUGCUGUAAUAGCAUACGGUGUCAUAAGCUACAGGAGGAAGUAGAUAAUCUGUCUCAGGGGAGGAGAAUGCAAAUUACGAGAUGUUAAGGUAGAAAUAAAUGUAUUAGCACACA